GAAUAUGUUCGCAAGGAAAGACUAGUUCUCAAACUUAUUUGGUAUAUAGCAAAACUAUUUUUGGUCAGGACCUAACAGGUGGUAGUGGGGAAGGGUUUCCCCUAACAAAGAUUUGGUCGGGAUGUCAAGAUGCCCGGUGGACGCAGGGGUCUCGUCGCACCACAAAAUACUUUUUUGGAGAACAUUAUCCGAAGAUAUAACUCUUUAUCUGAUUGUAGUUUCCUUUUGGCCAACGCUCAGAUUGUUGACUUCCCAAUCGUUUACUGUUCCGAGUCCUUCUGCAAAAUAUCCGGUUACAAUCGAGCCGAGGUGAUGCAGAAAUCAUGCCGAUGCGCCUUUAUGUAUGGGGAACACACAGAUAGAAUGAGUAUAUCCAAAGUUGAACAUAGCCUAGAAAACCAUGACCAAAUACAGGUGGAAAUUCUCCUUUACAAAAAGAACAGGUCUCCAUUAUGGUUACUUUUACACGUAGCACCCAUAAAGAACGAGAAGGAUAUAGUUGUUCUAUUCCUUCUCAUCUUUCGAGACAUAACCGCCUUGAAGCAGCCCUUGGAAGACGAUGCAUCCAAAGGGCUGAGCAAGUUCGCGCGACUAGCGAGGUCCGUGACGAGAAGUCGAUCCGUUCUUGUUCAACAAUUUUCGAUGCAUCUGCCCAUCAAAACAGAAAACACAAAACAAUCACAAAUCGCUCAUAUGAUCAGUUUGAAUUCGGAAGUCCUUCCCCAGUAUCGUCAAGAAGCUCCCAAAACUCCUCCUCAUAUUUUGCUACAUUAUUGCGCCUUUAAAGCCAUUUGGGAUUGGGUUAUUUUGUGCUUGACUUUUUACACGGCCAUUAUGGUCCCGUAUAAUGUGGCCUUCAAAAACAAAACUUCCGAAGAUGUGUCCUUGUUAGUCUUGGAUAGUAUUGUUGAUGUCAUUUUUUUCAUAGAUAUUGUACUUAAUUUUCAUACUACAUUUGUUGGACCCGGCGGAGAAGUUGUUUCAGAUCCUAAAAUAAUUAGGAUGAAUUACCUUAAAAGUUGGUUUAUCAUUGAUCUUCUCUCCUGCCUACCUUAUGAUGUUUUUAAUGCAUUUGAUCAUGAAGAAGAUCAAGGCAUUGGGAGCCUAUUCAGCGCCUUGAAGGUGGUCCGAUUACUCCGAUUGGGUCGCGUCGUCCGAAAGCUUGACCGCUACUUGGAAUAUGGUGCUGCUAUGCUUAUUCUUCUUCUAUGCUUCUACAUGUUGGUUGCUCAUUGGUUAGCCUGCAUCUUCUACAGCAUCGGUCGAAGUGACGCAGAAAAUGGUGUCUCCUACAGCUGGUUAUGGAAAUUAGGUAACAUCACUCAACAGCAAUUCAACUUCAGUAGAAUCACCAAUAGAGAGACUGUUAAGUAUGAGCUAAUUGGUGGUCCACCAAGAGGUACUAUGUACAUCACGGCACUCUACUUCACGAUGACCUGUAUGACCUCUGUUGGAUUCGGCAAUGUUGCUGCUGAGACAGACAAUGAAAAAGUGUUUACCAUCUGCAUGAUGAUAAUUGGAGCUUUAUUGUACGCCACCAUUUUUGGUCAUGUCACUACUAUAAUUCAGCAAAUGACGUCAGCAACUGCCCGCUAUCAUGAAAUGCUAAAUAAUGUACGAGAGUUUAUGAAAUUGCAUGAAGUUCCCAAAGCACUUAGUGAACGAGUUAUGGACUAUGUUGUAUCAACAUGGGCCAUGACAAAAGGAAUUGAUACGAGUAAGGUUUUGAGCUAUUGUCCAAAAGACAUGACAGCUGACAUCUGCGUACACCUGAAUCGAAAAGUAUUUAACGAGCAUCCAGCUUUUCGUUUAGCCAGUGAUGGAUGUUUAAGAGCUUUAGCUAUGUAUUUUACAAUGGAACAUUCAGCUCCUGGAGAUUUAUUAUAUCAUACAGGAGAAAGUAUUGAUACACUAUGUUUCGUAGUCACAGGAUCAUUAGAAGUUAUUCAAGAUGAUGAAGUAGUAGCAAUAUUAGGCAAAGGAGAUGUAUUUGGUGAUGCGUUUUGGAAAGAACCAACAAUUGGACAAUCUUGUGCUAAUGUUCGAGGUCUAACUUACUGUGAUUUACAUUCCAUUAAGCGAGAUAAAUUACUUGAAGUGCUUAAUUUUUAUCAUGCAUUUGCCAACUCAUUUGCAAGAAACCUACUUCUUACUUACAAUCUGCGACAUAGGCUGAUCUUUCGCAAAGUAUCGGAUGUCAAACGGGAGAGAGAACUAGCAGAGAGACGAAAAAAUGAGCCUUUACAAGAACUAUCUCAAGAUCAUUUGGUGAGAAAAAUUUUCUCAAAAUUUCGUAGAAAUGGCUCUCACGAUAGGACCACCCCUGAUGUCGAAAAAGGUCCAACGGUGAGUCCGAGACUUGCACAAGUAACUGAAAGCGGUGAUAUUAAGUGUCAGUCAACCAAGUGGACAGUCACUAAAGAUCCAGGAGAUGAUAAAGAAAAUACCGUUCAAAGGACAGGUAACCGUUCCUUUUCCAAAUGGUCUCGCAUAUUGGCCAAAGAACCAACAAUCGAAGAGGAAAUUCCUCCACGAGGAGAAGAAUUAGAAACAUCUGCCGAUUAUCAAAAGUUGCUCGCUAAUUUAGUAGAUUUAAGAGUUGAUUUAAAAUUAGAAAUGCAGAGACUUAAUACUAAAAUAAGUCGAGUAGAUGAACAGAUUGGACAAUUGAUUCGGUUAGUCAAACCCCGGCAGAAUGAAAAAACACCCGUUUUAGUUUUGAGACAACCAGAAGCUCAAAGAAGAAAAGAUUCACUGACAAGAAAAAAACCCAAAGAGUUUGUAAAAAUGGAGGAUACAAUUGAAUAUGAAAAGAGCAAACAGCAAUAAUAUACAAUAAUAUAGAAUCGUAUAUUUAGUUAGUUUGUUUUUAACUACAAUUUCAUCAAUCAGUCUUCCUUUUCUUCUUAUAAUAGAAUGUAUUGCAUAGAAUAUUUGCAGAAAGGUGGUUAAAAUGGUUUUAAAUAAGCGAGCUUUACUCUUCUGAUUGCAAAGAAAAUUUCAUUUUUUAAAAUUAUUUAUGAAAAUAAGCUUUUUAAAUAGUGUUACUGAAGCAGUUUUCCUAUCCGCCCUCACAACAAUACAAAUCCGUGAAAAAAUUUUAAUUGAAAAAAAUAUUUAAAAGAA